AUGCUUAACCUGACUCUGCUUGCGGAUGCGGACGGAAACUGUAUUCACAAAUUUACGCUUUCGCAAAUUUCCGAUCCCGCUGUUUCCCUGCUUCAAACUAGACGGGAAGAUCUCAUUGAUGCGGGUCUGGCGCCUGGCGUGGUGACUGGCAAGUCCUACAUGCUCAAGGAGGUUCUGCCUGCUGUGGCCAACACCUACUACAGCAGCGGCGGCAGUGGCCGGCAGCACGCUGGCACGGUGCUUUCAGAGCCCAACUUCCUGCACGUGAACUGCUUGGGCUGUGAUCGCAGCAGAGGUGUCAGUGGCUUCCUUAAGGAAUUCCUCGCUGUACUCAAGCGGAGCGCCGCCAAACAGCAGCUCUCUGCUGCCGCCAGCACGCCUGCACCCCGCGGCAACUCGGCUGUCACCGCAGCGGGCGCCAUUCAGGACUUCAUGGAGCGCCUGCCACGGGACCGCCUGAACUUCCUGCUGAUUGACGAGGCGCAGAGUUUUUACCUGCUUGAGCGGGCUAUGCCCGGCAAAAAGUCGCCCGGCAAAAGUCCGCGGCGAAAAGUCGCUGUCCGCGGCUCAACACUGGACGAGGAUGCACAUCUUCAAGGAACUCCUGCUGGACAGCCCCCACUGGGUCGCCUGGGCCGUCACGGGCAGUUCCAUGGCGACGCUAUGGGCCAACGUUGCAGUCACCCGGUGCUGGCGGACAUGCGCAUGGUACUGCAAGUGCUGGGCCAGCCUACUUCACAGGUGCUGCUCCUGCGCGAGCUGGUGGACACAAUGGCUGGAGUGGAGCGCGCCAAGCUCCCGCUGGCGUUCAAGGCGCUGCUGGCCAACUUCACCACCGAGCAAAACGGCAGGCUGUAUCUGGAUAACCCGCUAUUUGCUCAGGUGCUGCAGGCGGCCACCACGGAGUCUGGAGAGCUGUUGGACUCAAUCACCGCCAUCCCGUCGCUCAGCUCCACGAUGUUCAGGGAGCUGGUUGUGCUCGGCGAGCGCUGCAAGGACAAGGACUUCGACAGCUACGAGGACCUGCACAGCCUCCUGGAAGCCAUGGCAUCUGCGCUGGCGCUUACACCGGACGGGCUGCUGAAGGCGGACUGGUUCAUCCAGGAGUAUCUGCACUGCAUUCAACAUCAGGAAAGCAUCGUGGCUCUGCUGGGUUAA